AUAUGCCGCAAUACAAACUGCAUUAUUUUAAUUUGCACGGAAUGGGCGAGCUGCCCCGGAUGAUUUUCCAUUACGCCGGAGUGCCGUUCGAAGAUGUCCGUUUCGAGCCCAGCGAAUGGCCACAGCUGAAAGCGAAUAUGCCGUUCGGCCAGGUACCCGUUUUGGAGUUGGACGGUAAACUUCUGUCCCAAUCUUACGCAAUCGCGCGAUACAUUGCCCGGCAACACGGUUUGGCCGGCCAGGGUGACUGGGAACAAGCUCAAGUCGACAUGUACGCCGACUGCAUCAAAGAUUUCAUGAUUAACGGUCGACCGGUGCACGACGAACAAGAUCCCGAGAAGCAGAAGGUCCUGAUGACUAAAUUCGCUUCGGAAAAGUUGAUUCCGCACAUGGCCGUCCUGGAAGCUCAGCUGGCCAAGAACGGUGGAGUGCUGGUCGGCAAGGGCGUCACCUGGGCUGACAUAGCCUGCUACGCCUUCUUCAAUCACGCUACUGUCAAGCAUCCAGACAUAUUGAAAGAUAGUCCCAACAUGGCGGCUCUAGUCAGCCAAAUCGGUAGUAACGACAACAUUAAAAAGUAUCUCGAAACCCGUCCGGCUUAUCAUUGAAUUCUGAAAUCAUUCAAAAACGAAUUAGAUGGUUUUUGGGUCGCCAUCUUGGUGUUGCACACAACAGCACUCUCAUCUAGCGAAAAAUAAUUAGAGAUUAAAGAAUUGUAUCACUGUACUUUGAAUGUAAAUUACUGCACGCGUUUUGACCAACAUCGUGAAAGAAUGAAAUACACGCGACCAUCGCAAUUAAAAAUA